AAGCUGGCUCAGACCUUAAUCAGAGCUCUCGCCGGCUCCUGGCAGCCGCCGCAGCGCCUCGGCGAGGGAGGACGUGCCGGCCAAAGCAGUGGCAGGCGGAGACGCGACCGGCCUGAGAUUAGUGGAGCGCCAGUCGGGAGGCUGACGCUGUGAGCGCCGCGGGAGCCGUAAACACGGCUGCAGCCCCUCCGGCCACCCCGGAGCGCACGCGGCCGCGGGGACUGCUGGACCAAAGACUGCGUCGCGCGGAGGCCGCCCCUGAGCGGGCCUCCCAGCCACGUCGUCCAGCGCCCCCUGACUCGCUCCCGCCGCCAGCCCGCCAGCUCUUCCGGGAGCCCGGGGCAUGAACGGCUACGGCUCUCCCUACCUGUACAUGGGCGGCCCGGUGUCGCAGCCGCCGCGGGCGCCCUUGCAGCGCACGCCCAAGUGCGCGCGCUGCCGCAACCACGGCGUGCUGUCCUGGCUCAAGGGCCACAAACGCUACUGCCGCUUCAAAGACUGCACCUGUGAGAAGUGCAUCCUUAUCAUCGAGCGGCAGCGGGUCAUGGCGGCGCAGGUAGCGCUGCGCAGGCAGCAGGCCAACGAGAGCCUCGAGAGCCUCAUCCCCGACUCGCUGCGCGCCCUGCCGGGACCCCCGCCGCCGGGAGACGCCACCUCUGCCCCGCCGCCGCCGACCUCGCAGCCGUCUCAGCCACCGCCGCCGCCGCGCCCCGCUGUGGAGCUGGCUGCUGCCGCCGCGCUGCGCUGGGCCGCCGAGCCCCAGCCUGGGGCGCUGCAGGCGCAGCUCGCCAAGCCAGAUUUGACUGAAGAACGACUCGGGGACAACAGCACAGCGGACACCACUGAGACCUUCAGCGACAAAGACACGGACCAGAGGAGCUCCCCGGACGUGGCCAAAAGUAAGGGCUACUUCACGCCGGAGAGCCCCGAGAUAGUGUCGGUGGACGAAGGGGGGUACGCGGUCCAGAAGAACGGAGGCAGCUCCGAGAGCCGACCCGAGAGCCCCAAGUACCCCGGGGAGCAGAAUCACCUCCUGAUCGAGGGCCCCUCGGGGACCGUGUCUCUGCCCUUCAGCUUGAAAGCCAACAGACCGCCCCUGGAAGUGUUAAAAAAAAUAUUCCCCAACCAGAAGCCCACGGUGCUGGAGCUGAUCCUGAAGGGCUGCGGGGGCGACCUGGUGAGCGCCGUGGAGGUCCUGCUGUCCAGCCGCUCCUCCAGCUUGGCCGCGGACCGAACUGCGGCAGAGCCCGAGGGCCUGGUGCUGCCCUCCAACGGGCACAUCUUCGAACACACCUUGAGCUCCUACCCCAUCUCCUCUUCCAAAUGGUCCGUGGGCUCGGCCUUCAGAGUCCCAGACACGUUGAGGUUUUCCGCCGACUCCAGUAACGUGGUCCCCAACCCCCUGGCCAUGCCCCUGCAGCACCCGUUCCCCCAGCCCCCCCGGUACCCUCUGAUGCUGAGGAAUACUUUGGCGAGAAACCAGUCGAGCCCCUUUCUGCCCAACGAUGUCACCCUGUGGAACACCAUGACGUUGCAGCAACAGUACCAGCUGAGGUCCCAGUACGUCAGCCCUUUCCCCACUAACUCUACCAGCGUCUUCAGAAGCUCACCUGUCCUCCCCGCCCGCGUCCCCGAAGACCCUCGGAUCCCCAUCCCUGACGAUGGGUGUCCCAUCGUGUCAAAGCAGUCCAUUUACACCGAGGACGACUACGACGAGAGGUCUGACUCCUCAGACUCUAGAAUACUCAACACAUCAUCUUAAAGUGCUACCCGAUGGGUGGUGACCAGGUGACAUUUUCUGUGCAUUUGAACCCUGGCCCCCCCUUGAGGAGAGGCCACAUCCUGUGUAUACCUUUUCCUUCUGUUUCACAAAGUGACUGUGCUUGAUUCUAUACUUAGCAAUAAAAACAUAACUUAUUUAAUUUCUUGCACUUCACUGGAAAAUGCCAAAUAGCUCUGCUCUGUGGCUUUAGUGCUGAAUGUUCGUUGUAAAAGAGAAUAGUCCUGGGAAAGCCUUGGGCCCAUGGAAGAUUUAUCUGGGGAUGUUAGAGCUGAAGGUCAGCCUUGCCCCUAAACUCAGCCUGGAAUGUUCAAUAAAAUAGUAUACUUGAAUGAAAUUUUGUAAAAGAGGAUUCCUUAGGAUAUGUGAAACCUAAAGGCAGUGGUUCGGUUGCAAACGGACUAUAAACAGGGACCUUAUACUCCUAUGCUAAAAAUCCUUCUUGCAUUUUAAAGAGAGACUGCACUUAAUAGAGUGAACUGCUCACAUGCUUAUUUAAGCUUGGACAGUUUUCAGAGACAAACUCCAUUAAGAAUUAUUCUUUUCACAUGGCUGAAUGGAAACGUGUAAUGUCAAUGUCAGUGUAAAGCCAAUCACAGCUGUGAACUGCAUGAAAUGUAUUGUGAAAUGAACACAAAAUUAAGCUUUGUCAGGUUAAUGUAGCAUGCUAAGGACUCUAGAA